AUCCCAAAUGGCUUCUUAGUGGACAAAUAGUGCAUUACACAGUGCGUAAAAGGCUAUUAUUUCAUACCCUAUGUAGUGCGUUUAUGUAGGAAGAAUGAAGUCAGUUGGGAUUCGGCCUUUGUGAAGUAGCCAACUGUGCUAAAGGGGCCGGGACGCGGACUACCGGGGGCCGCAAACACGUAGUUUAAACUUUGUCUUCUUCUUUUUUUUCCUUUUCUUUUUUUUUUAAAACACAUAUAUAUGCUGAAGUUUUAACGCAAGUGCCAACUGAAAAAGGACAACACGAUGCUAAGAAGUAUAUACACCCGAGGUGGAGUUUAAUACAGGUCUGCAACAAGCAAAUCGCCUAGCAGCCGCUGCAUCGAAGACUCCGCCCAUCUGGCCUUGUCCUCUAAAGAUGGCUGAAGGCCAGAAGGCCACUGAACUUUCAGAUUACCCCACAUUAUGCGGGGCCACAGCAGAUAACCAAGAUCUGUCCCUGAAACCUGAAGCCCUGUCCUCCAGCUCUCCUACCUGUGAGGAGUCCGUUAGCAUGCCGCUGCCCCCUGGCUUAAUGUCCAUGCCCUGCCUGCUGAAGGAGCUGCGCCGAGACUCCUCCCCGGAGGCUGUGCCACCAGAAAAAGACCCUGCCAGCUCGGCCAUUCAGAUCUGCCCACAAGAGGACAGCGACUCCUCAGCCUGCCUGCGAUCACCCUCGUCUUCUGGUCAUCUCGGCGAUUCGGACACGCUUUCCUCAGCUGAGGAAGAGGAUUUGGAACUGGCUGACGCGCAGCCUGUCCCCUCUUCUCGCUCUGACCCCGCUCCCAGGAAGUCGUCACGCCGGUCACGGUCCGAGAGCGACGCGUCUGCUGGAGUUUCCAUGGCUGCCAAGAAAAACCGCUGUCAGGAGAAGCAGGCGAACGGCGGUCGGACCCGAGAGCGGGGCAAGCGCAGCCAGAGACAUAAAGAGCGAAUCCGUCUGCUAAGGCAGAAACGGGAGGCGGUUGCCAAGCGUAAGUCCCGCCCACUGGAGGACAGCAGCACUAGUGAUAGCGACGCCACUGCACACUCUACAUCAUCGUCAACAGCAUCUUCUGACAACGAGGGAGGGACAGGCAGUUUGCAUCCUCCAGCUGGCCGCCGUGGAAACAGCAUGGGCGGAGUCCUGGAGGAAGCGCUGACACGAGUGGCCGCCGCCCAGAGGCGUACAGAGGAAAGGUUCCGUGCGUGGAUGGGAAGAAUUAGCCGUCUCCAUUCCGGUGACGACGUCGAUCAGUCGUCAUACAGUGGGAAUCCGGAAGGGCAGAGUCACGUCGGCUCAGAAGAAACGUCAGCGGCCUAUCGGAUCAUCCGUCUGAACAAUGAUGCCUCUCCCCCCACGCUGAACUCUGCUCACAGCUGCGUCCUGGAUCCCAAUCUCCUAAAUGUGUAACAGGACAAUGUGCUGAGCUACUGAGAAAAUGCGAGAGAGAAAAAAUAAAUAAAUAUUUGCGCAAAAUGGAAACAUUCUAGCCAACGAUGCUGGAUACAGUACACAAGGCCCUCUCUUAUUUUAUCUCCUUAUGCGUUUUUUUUUCCUUUUUCUUUUUUCCUUUCCCAUUAUUCACGUUCUCUUCAGGUCUCCUUCUGUCUUCUUUAUCCUUCUAUCUCUCUCCCUCCAUUUACAUUUGUUUAUUUGCAAAUGAGUUUAUUCCAAGCAAUUUCACAGUAAGACAAAAUACAAUCUAUUCAUGUCACAGUUGUAGGAGCUGGCAAUGUUUCCAUCAGUUUACCAGAAGCACGUGCAAGACGCUCAGAACUAACCCCAAGUGCUACGAACACGAGUCGCAGAGGUGUCCGUCAGUACCCAGCCGAUACGAGGGUCAUACAUAAUGAUACACGUGAAUAAUAUAGUGAUGUUAUUAAUUAACGAUGAUGUAACUGCACGGAUCUAAGGUUUACCCCCAAGGUAGUAGUAACUGCUUGGCAAAAUAUAACACACCUGGAUGAACGUGUAUUGUUUUUGUUUAUAUGGUUUUCUGAGUUCAAAGAAAAAGAGAAAGUAUAAUAAGGGCCAAUCUGGCAUUUUGGUUUAAAAAAAAAACAAAAAAACACGGAUUCUACCGCAUUAUCUUCAGUUCUGGCAGAUACUUUAUUCUCCUCUGGUGUUUUUGUGUAAUAUAUGGACGAAGAAAAAAUGAUCAACUUGGUUCUAGCUGCCAGUCAGUCAUCCUCCACGAUGAGUAUAGGAUGAACACAACGUAGGUGGCCUUGGCUAGUCAAUAUCCAUGUUCCUUUUUAACAGCGAUGAGGAAAAACGACCAAGCCUUAGUAUGGCGAGUCAGAGGAGAACUCUCCCCCACAGGUUUGGUUUAAAAUUGCUAGGGUUAAGAUUUGCCUUUAGACACACAUUCUAUAUACAUGCAUACGUAUACGGCUUAGUAUUAAAAUUAAAAAAAAAAAAAAAAAAAA